GUUUGCAAGGAGCAGUUGGGCUUGCCCCCCUACGGCAGGAUCACGGCCUCGACUUCCAGAAAGUUCCAGAAGGGCAGCUCGUGCCAACCGGAGGACGGUCAUAUUCUCAGCAGCAAGGCCUGGUGCUCCAAGAAACAGAAUGGUCAGUAG